UGCUUGUCAGUGCAUGCAGUCUCUCUCCCGCCAUGUAUUAUUUCACCCCGUAAGCUGCGGCUGCGGUGGGAGCUGGUAAGGUGGGUUAACUCCAAACCGAAGUCUCCGUGAAGCACAGAGAACACUGAUGACGUUGGGUUGAGUGACCAAUCGGAAGGCGCUGCCCUUUGGAGACAAACCAUUUUUACUUGUAGUGUCUGCAUCUGUCUGAAAGCGAGGGCUCCAAUUUUUUUUUUAACAGAAACCACCUUAAAAAUCUCCUACCUUAACUUAUACCCACCUUCCGCUACAUUGAAUGAGAAUAUUACGGGAGAAGAAAAAAGCUGGGUGUUAAUAGGAGAAUAUCUCCUCGCCGUGGAGAGGGAGCGAUAACGGCGCAGCGAGAGAGAGAAAAACCGAUUUGGACUUGAGAAGAGGGGGUGAGUGCUCUCAAGGCUAGAAAAUUUGAUGAUGACCAUGACUACGAUGGCUGACGGUCUGGAAGCCCAGGACUCGUCCAAGUCUGCUUUCAUGGAGUUUGGUCAGCAGUCUCACUCACAGCAGAGCUCCCCGUCGAUGGCCGCCAGCCACUACCCGCUGCACUGUCUCCACUCGGGCUCGCACCCUCACCACCCGCAGCACGACAACUCCCCGUACCCCGGGACCAACUCGUACAACAGGUCGUUACCCUAUUCCUACGUGAGCCAUUCGCACCACAGCCCCUAUUUGCCGUCUUAUAACAACACGGGAGGACAGUCGAGGUUGGACGGCACAGAGCAGCAGAAGACGACGGUGAUUGAAAAUGGGGAAAUUCGCUUCAACGGGAAAGGCAAGAAGAUCCGCAAGCCCCGGACCAUUUAUUCCAGUUUACAGUUGCAAGCACUGAACCACCGUUUCCAACAGACCCAGUACCUGGCGCUGCCAGAGCGGGCUGAGCUGGCGGCCUCGCUUGGACUAACGCAAACACAGGUGAAGAUUUGGUUUCAAAAUAAAAGGUCGAAGUUCAAGAAACUACUGAAGCAAGGUGGCAACCCGCACGAGACUGACCCCAUGCCGGGAUCCAUCGCCCUCUCGCCGCGCUCUCCCACCAUCCCUCCGAUAUGGGACGUCACGGGGUCCUCCAAAGGAGUAAACAUGCCGGCCAACAGCUACAUGCCGGGCUAUCCUCACUGGUACUCGUCCCCUCACCAAGAUUCAAUGCAGAGAUAGAUAGACCACGGGAGCGGGACGGGAGGAGCUGGCCCAGGGGCCGUCAGAUUCCUAUCAGUUUCACUCGCACGAUUAAUAUCCGUCAGCCUCGCAGACUGAAUGAUUGCCUGCAUAGAGGAGAUACCUCUAAGGCCUGGCCACGGCUCCACUUCUCUGAUGGAUGUGCGGGGCCACGGUGAUACAUCACAAUAACCGGAAUUUGCUAUUCAAAAUAAACAUGGCCUUCCACGAGCCAUGCUUUGAUAUGCUUUCAUAUACAUCUCAACAUCUGACUUGUCGAUAGACCGAAUUUCAAGUGACAUUUUUAAACCAGUUUGGUCAAAGACUGCAUUUACACACACACCCACACGUACACAAACACGCGCACGCUCGUGCGCGCACCCACUGCCGCGCUCGGAAAUCCAUGGCCGUGAUUUAUGAAGGACUCCUCCUUUCUGCUGUUUGGUUGUCUGUUUCUUGAACAUGCAAAAAUCCAAGCAAUUUGCGUGUCUGUAAAUAUAACCUGCAAUUUUAUUUGUACAUACACUUUUUAUUGUUUUGUCGAAUUGAGUAAACCAUGACUCUAUAAACCGUUGUCUGUUCUGUCAUUUAACAAAAAAGAAAAAUGUGGAUUAUUAUUUGUUGUAGACCUACCAUAGCCUGCCCCGAAUAACCUCGAAUAGGCCUGGAAGCAGAAUUUCUCUAACAGCAGACUACCAGUCAAUAUUAGACUAUAACACUGUCGUGCACAGCCCUGUUACCCUGCGGUAAGCACUUUAAACGCCAAAAUCCACCGCAUAGAUAAGCUAUACGAAACACAAAGAGCACCACAGGAAAUGAACUCACCCUGUAGAGCUCUUCUAUACCUUCAUCCCCAAAGACAUUCUCUUCAGGUCCAUCUUAUCUUGUAAUUUCAGCCCCAAUUAUUAGAAGUAUUGACAAAAUGUUUCUCCUCUCUCUCUGUCCUAAUGCAAGCCGUUAAAUGCCAAGCUCCACAGGAUCAAUGUUGAACAAAGCCUCCAGCUGCAGUCCCGUUCAAUAUGAAGGAGAUAUUUGGGACAAUUUGUGGGUUUUAUCCAAGUGAGGUUUUUUUUUCGUUCUCAUAAAUGCAGGCAUAAUUAGGGUAAUUUUUGAUGUAGCCCGCUGAUUACAGCGUUUUUACCGUCGAAGAUAAUUACCUGUAAUUUUCUACCACUUUUAAUACUAAAAGGCAUUUUUAUUUGGAUUUUAGGUAGCAGAGACGGAACAAAAGAGGAAAUUAUUCGGUUAUUCAUACACAAAUGGCUGAGAGGAAUUAAUGCUUGGAGGAUUAUCUGAAAUUACAACGUUGAAAAGCUUCUUGCAGCUGUCAAAUGGAAGAUGCAUAGCGCACAUAUACCUGGGCACCGUCUUCUUCAAUUCUCCAUUAAAGCCUAUUUCCUUGCA